AUGCUCCUGUUGUCAGUUUUGCUGCUCGUGUCCCGAGCUCAGGGUGCAUAUCCCGAGUGCGGUGAAAGGCCUGUUUUUGAGGCAGGACCUCAGUACUCCAGAAUCAUAGAGGGGAAGGAGGCUAAGGUGGGUGAGUUCCCGUGGCUGGUGAGUAUUCAGGCAGGAAAUGAACAUUUUUGUGGAGGCACCAUCAUCGACGAGUGGUGGAUUGUCACUGCUGCUCACUGCGUACAUAGUGGGAAACUGCAACCAAGAGACCUGAACGUUGUGCUCGGAACCAACGACUUACAGAGUCCAUCCCUGGAAGUAAAGGAGGUCACCAGCAUCGUCGUUCACAAGGACUUUGAGAAAGUGAGCGUGAACAAUGACAUCGCCUUGCUGCUGUUGAGCUCGUACAUCACGUUCAGCGGCCUGAAAGAACCCAUCUGCGUGCCCAGGCGGCCCAGCCCCUCCACGUGGAGCGAAUGUUGGGUGGCAGGAUGGGGACAGACCAAAGCUGAUGACAAAAACUCCAUGGGAACCGACCUGAUGAAGGUGCCAAUGAUCAUCAUGGACUGGGAGAAAUGUUCAAAGGUGUUUCCAAAGCUCACCAAAAACAUGCUGUGUGCUGGAUAUGAGAAUUCGAGCUAUGAUUCUUGCCAGGGAGACAGUGGGGGGCCUCUCGUCUGUACCACGGGAUCCCACAAGAAGUGGUACCAGGUGGGCAUCGUCAGCUGGGGAAAGAGCUGUGGACAGAAGGACACCCCAGGAGUCUACACCUUGUUAGAAAACUACAGCCCCUGGAUCAAGAAGGUGACGGAGAUGGAGGGAAGGCCCUACAAAGCUCAGAUGAUGAGAGUUCCUUCCCUACGGAAACCGGUGGGGUCCCGGGCCCCAGGGUCCCUAGAGCCAGGCAGCCCCAGACUCCGGCUCCUGCUCUGCCUUCUGUCCUACAUGCUGUUCUAGGCCAUUUUCUACCGAUAA